AUGGCGCGCAACGGCGACACCGACCUCAUGGCGGAGCGCGCGGUGGAGAAAUUCCUCCGCUGCAUGCCGAAGAGGUACGUGCAUAUCGUCAAUUCGAUCGAGACGCUCCUUGACUUCGAGCAGCUCACCGUCGAGGACGUCAUCGGGAGGCUCAAGGCAGUGCAAGACCGCGAGCAGGCGCCAAACUCUGAGCAGGGCGCCACCGGAGGCAAGCUGCUGUACACGAUGGAGCAGUGGCGCGCCUUCGACAAGAAGAUGAAGGAGGAAGGAUCCAGUUCGUCCGGCUCCAAGGAGCAUCACCGAUGUCCGCGUGGUGGCAAGGAGGAGAAGGCACCCUGGGGCCAGGUCGGUGCCGAUGGCGGCACCGCCGGCAAGCGCAAGGCGACCCAGAAUGACACCUGCAACAACUGUGGCAGGACUGGCCACUGGGCCAAGGACUGCCACCUUCCUCCACGCCAUGGUGGGUAG